AAAAAAGAAAAGUGUGCCCAGUAACAGAAAAAUAAAAAUGAAUAAUAAUCAUUCGAAUUUCGUAACGGUCAUGAUAAUUUUGGUAUUCGUCUCGGUGUUCUAUCUCGUUGUAACAUUCAAACCUCUGACGAAAGAGGAACAUAUUGAAAAAAUAAAUAAAAUGAACAGUGAAGUGGAACCAUUCAGAAGAAACAUAUCGGAAUGCGCACGUCAAGUUAAAGCGGGAAUGGGGGACGUCGAAAAUUUCUUAAAAAGAAUACCACAAGCUACUAUGGAAGGCAAAUGUUUUGUAGCUUGUAUUCUUAAAAGAAAUGCUAUUAUAAAAAAGAAUAAAAUAGACCAUAAUGCUCUAUUAGAUGCUAAUAAAGCUAUUUAUGGUGAAGAUAGUGAGGUUAUGACAAGAUUAAAAGCGGCGAUAGUCGAAUGUAAUAAGGUUGUUGAAGGUAUUUUCGAGAUCUGUGAAUAUGCGUCAGUUUUCAACGAUUGUAUGCAUAUUAAAAUGGAACAUAUACUAGAUAAAGUGACUAUGGAGAGAAGAAUGGAGGCAUUGGGACAAAUGAGCAGUAAUCCAGAUGAAUGGACCGAUGAGGAAGACGAGAUUUUAAAAUUGGUGAAAGAUGAACUUUAGUUUUGAUAUAAAAGAUU